AACGGACUUAGUACAUCUUUUCUUACAUUAUACAUCUACCACAAAGCUUGAAAGAAAACAGUGAGUGGAAUAUUGUUAACGAGUCAGUUAACCGGGUCAGGUGCGUCAGUUGUGACGAAAGAUCGUGACAUUGUUACCUUGUGUUACAUCAGCUUUACUACCAAUUGAGGAAUUUGCAUAUACACUUAUCAUAUGCAAACUAUGUUGUCAUUGUUGCAUUUUGCCAAGUUAGUUGCAGGUUAAAGUGAGACCCUUGAUACCAGAAUCACCUGAGGGAUGUUGCCUACCACUAAACAUCUUUGGUAAAAAGUUAUAUUAGCACUGCCGUCGCUUUUUCUACCAGAAGAACGAGAUUCUUGGACUCUACAACCAAAUUAGAUUUAUUCAGUUUCCAAAACGAGUAGAGAUGACAAACCUUCUCCAAGAAACAGUACAGUAUGCAUACGAUCACUGGAUUACAUUGUUGGUUGGACUUUUAAUCCUUCUGUUUUAUCGGUAAGUAGUUAGAGUCAAUUAAGGGUGUUGAGAAUCAAUGUUUUGGCUGUAUUAAGAGUGUUUGUCGCUCGAGAUAUGCGCAACUUACUUUUACCUUAAUAACUGAUUUGAUUUUAAACUUUCGAAGCAUUUUUCGCGGCUCCAAUCAAGCGGUGAAUAGAAGCCUUACAUGAAAUCAAGGUGGUGUAUGAGCUUCUACGAUAUGGACAGAAAGUUGAAUGACGCCAUUGUUUUUAGAGAUUGAACGCAUGUAAAUAAUCCCUUGUUAGACAAUAAAAAGUCACGCAACAUUGGAAAAAUAACUUUCGAGUUCUUUACAAAAGUAACUUCCCGGAUGACACUGAAACGGAAAUGUGCGUUUUUCAUGUUACAAGUCUUGGCAACAUUGGGUUAAAAGGAUACAUCAGCAUUUCAAAAAUUUAUCUCCUUUUGGUGACCGCUAAGUUAGUUAUCAGUCGUAGGAAUUCAGAGUUAAAUUAAAAGCCAUUUUUAAUGGCCAAACUUUCAUGGCUACAAUUUUGAUAUCUAAGUUACUGUUAUCUUACCUUUCCAAGAUACUGUGUUGCACCGUUUACUGUUUUCAAGAAACUCGGAAUCAGAGGACCAACACCUCUUCCGUUUUUUGGCAACGCUAUACAGAACUCCUUUAAUGUAAGUUGGUUGGCUUAAUUUUUUUUUUCAUCAGGGCCUAGUUGUUCAAAGGGCAGGCAACGCUAUCCAACUGGUAAAAUCCCUACCUAGCGGAUAAGUGUUCACAAAACGUACUGCGUUAUCCACAGGAUUGAGCUUUUAUCCAGUGGGAAGCAUUAUCCAUGCACCCUUCGAAGAACUGGGGCCAAAAUGAUCGGAUGGACGGGCAAUGUUAACUUUACCUUAACGUGAAGAAGUAAUUUAUCAUUGAUAAAAUCAAAAGUAGUCUUGUGGAAGGCGCAAAAUGGCUUGCCUGAUUGCAAACUCCAAACAAUAACACGGUGGCAUGUACUCAAGUUGAAAGAACAGGAAAUCGAACAACGGAGCGGAAACUUGCAUUUUCUUGACCAAAAGAGAGUGUUUUACGAAUGAGGGGAACCUCUCUUACAUUUGUUGGAUGCGGGCGCAUCUUUAGCGAUUGGUAGAACCGUUUAUUAAUGACAUAGAACCCUGGUGGCCUGUUGAGGCAUCACUCCUAAUAACCAUUGACAAAUUUCAACUCAAAGCUGACUUAGCCAGCAUGUAUCUUGAGGCUUUUUUAUCUUAACUAUGCCCAUCAUCAAGCCAUUGCAAGUCCAUGAGGGGGUUGAAUUAUGACCUCAAAUUCUCCCCUAACAGUGUACUGACUUACUUUUUUUGCAGCCAAAUGUCAUCCCCAAGUGUCAAAUGGAAUGGUACAAUAAAUAUGGAAAGAUAUUUGGGUAUGUAUUUUAAUAUUUUUGUUGAAAAAAGUAAAAUAAACGAAUCACCAAUUGGCAUCUGCUGAUGAUGAUGAUGUGAUGAUGGUGAAAGAAAGUUCAAUCUGGUUGCUGGCCGUAGAAACUACAAUAGUUCCUAAACCAAAACGGCCGGUAGGGCUCCCCUAUGCACCCUGCAUUAAUUAUAGUCCCUAUAAGUUAUUUCAAAAUAUAUUUUCUUCUUUGUUUUCUUUUGUUUCUUAGACUCACCCUCUUUCAGAAUAGAAUAUAAAUAAGAAAAAUUCUGAGACACCUUUGGUUUUGGCUUGCGAAAUGUUCCAACAUUAAAUCAUAUUUUUCAUAUCGUAUCAUAUUUUUGCAGAGUUUAUAUCUUUCGUCAGCCAUUCAUGGUGGUUGCUGAUCUAGAUAUGAUAAAAGAGAUCCUUGUCAAAGAAUUCCCGAAAUUUCACGAUCGAAAGGUAAUAAUGAUAUUUUUUCAAUUUCCUCACUUAUAGAUCAAACCCUUUUUGCUACGCGACACAUUAGUAAAGGUUAGGUUGGUUUAGUUAUUUUUCAGCACGGAUGAACAUGACUGGAUAUUCUGAAUUUUUUCAUCUCUUUAUUAUCUUAGCUAGAAAAGCAAUUAAUAUUGUAUUGCAAGGGAAAAGGCAACAUUGAUGAAAGCUGUAAUUUGAAGCAAAUGAUCAUCAUCGUUAAGAGUGUGAGAAAGCUUUAGCGCCUUACAUAAUCUAACUCAUAUACAAUAUAUUCUUUAACUAAACGAUAAUGAAAGCCUAAAAUGUACUGAAUUCAAGAUAGAAAUGACAUUCUUCUGUAACGUACAAUUUCAGAAAUUGAUGAAGGACCUUAAGAAGCCAUAUGACAGAAUGUUAACAAUUGUAAGUAGUCAGAAGUGGAAGGAUAUACGGUCUACUUUGUCUCCAACUUUCAGUGCAGCUAAGAUGAAGCAGGCAAGUUUCGUUUUUAUUUUUAAAUUUGUAUUAAUAGGCAAUACGGGGCAGAUCAUUUAUUUUUUCCUUCCCUCUGCUAAUAAAAAUUAAGUUGUUUUUGAAAGCGAUGGUUGUUGUCACGAAAAUUUGAUUUGAUUUUGGUAUACGUACCUCUCUUGCAGAUGAUGCCCUUUAUGAACGAAGCGAUUAGCAUUUUAAUCCAGAAAGUGGAGAGAAUUUCCAAGACAGGGGAGACCAUUGAUUUUCAUAGGUCAUUACAGUAUACUCAAUUUAAAAUGAUUAAUGUAGAAGGAAAAACCGAAAUGAACAAACCUUAAUCAUCAUGUGAUGUGACGAUUCGGUUCAAAUGAGUUCAAAAAUAAAUCGCGAAGGUUAGUGCAUGAAUAUGGCAACUACUUCUAAUUUGUUUAAGUAACUUUUCUGGGUUCACAGUUUGAACAGAGAACAUAAAAUAUCUGUGAAAACUGAUAAUAGUCUCAAGACUUGAGUUAUACUUGAAGAGAAAGACCCUUUAAUUUCUCCUAAUUGACAAAUUAUCUUUACAAAAUGGGUACCUGUAGAAUUCGUUAUUUAUCUCAAACUUUUUUUUCCCCUACAUUCAGGUGGCUCCAAAGUCUUACUAUGGAAGUGAUUCUGUCGACAGCAUUUGGAGUCAAAGCAGAAACACAAACUGUUGAAAAUGAUCCGAUCACUGAGUUAGCAAAGAAGGCCAUGGCUCCACACCCUUUGGUUGGAUUACUGUGUUAGGAUCUUUUUUCCUUACUUUUUUGUUAGUUUGUUUAGAAACUAUCAAGACGCUCUCUGCUUAUCAAUAUCGGCCACAGAAAAGAAGUUAAAUUAUAGUCUCUUGGAACACACCAUCACACACCUGUUGUAAUAUGGUACUUAUUGGCAAAACAGCAGAAAGCCAUAGGAUUUAUUUUCCCCUAUAUGUGCCACUUUUUCAUGUGUUUACGACCUCUUUACUUUAAUCACACAUUUGCAGUCCUGUUACCAUUUGGAGAACACAUACUAAAUAACCUCCAGGAUCCGUUUGAUUUCGAAAAAAUUCUUGCCAUAUCAGCCGAUAUCAUCGCUGAGAGGACUGCCGCAAAGGACAGUAAUGAUGUACCCGUGAGUAGCUAUCAUUAUGACAAAGAGCAGCACUCAGUAUAAAAUGAUAAGUGGCGAAUCUAUAGCUCCUAUCCUUCCUUAAACUGUCGGGGAGAAUGCAUAAAACAGAAUGCGUUAUGCGUAAUUGCUAAACAUAAACGCAAAUAAAACGAUUUCUCUGGUUUUCAAUUAUCGUGGCUCGUAUUCAUCAAUGGUGAAGUUAUGUCAGCCACCAAGUUGCAGAAGCACUCUUAUCCCGUUUGCCACGUUUUUAUACGAACAUGUCAUGAUAAAUUAGAUGCCGGUAUACUUUUGCGAAAACUAAUGACCAAGAAACCAUUUCUUCCUUCCACACUGAUAUCCAUGCUUCCUUUGCUUUUAGCGGAAAGACUUACUGCAACUGAUGCUGGAUGCAAAGGAUGAAACAGGAGGAGAAAAAAUUGAUUAUGAUGAUAUUAAGGCACAAUGUCUAACUUUCCUUCUCGCUGGAUAUGACACAUCCAGUACAACUCUCGCUUUCAUUUGCUAUGAACUCGUUCUUCACACGGACGUGCAAGAUAAACUGAGGGACGAGAUUGACCGUAUGUGGCCUGGAGAUGAGGUAAGUACUCAGAGUGUGUAAAAUUUCUGUCAAUAAACCAAACAUUUGUUUAACGUAAUAGUAGGAAUCGAAUGAUUAGAUUUUUGAGUUCUUGUAAAUGAAUUAUGUUUUCGUAGGAAUCUCCAUCUUAUGACUCGCUCCAUAACAUGCAAUACCUUGACAUGGUUAUUAAUGAAGCAAUUAGGAUGUACCCGCCAGGAUUCGUGUGAGUAAUUGAAAUAGUGGAAACGAAAUUUUGGAAUUACUUUGGUUUAAAUCAAUACAAAUCAUUUCCCCUUUAGGGUACGUUUACUUCUAGAAUGUAACCUGCAUAUGGUAAAAAUUUGACCAAAUGGAUGUGUAAAGCAAACUAUCCAGGUUAAAAAGGAAAAACAAGGUGCUUAAAAAGACUAUUACAUGAUGCGAGUAUACCACUCAACUAGUUCUUUGAAAGGUCGAUGGCUGCACUCUCUUGUAUUCUGCGCCCGUGAUUUGGCCUCUAUCAAAAAGGCUUUCUGGGGAUUAACAGGGUAAUUUAGUGUUAUCAGCUGAGAUGAAAACGUAAAUUGGCCACCGUAAAGAGUUUAAAGGCUGACGUUUCGAGCGUUAGCCCUUCGUCUAGCCCUUCCUAUCGUUCUAACGAAGGGCUAACGCUCGAAACGUCAGCCUUUAAAAUCUUUACGGUGGCCAAUUUCAAAUCAGUUUAUAACACUAAAUUACCCUGUUAUACUCUCUCACCGACGCAGCACCACAGUCUCUUUAGAAAACUCAGGUGUAACUUUAGGUUAUUUUUCAUCAUUUCGUCAGCCUUCAGAGAGAUUGUAUGGAGGCCUGCACUAUAAAAGGGCUGCACAUUCCUAAGGGAUUGCCUGUUACGAUUCCGUGUUAUGCAAUUCACCAUGAUCCGGAGAUAUGGCCGGAGCCAGAAAAGUUUGACCCAGAAAGGUGAGCGUAAUCUAAGAUGAUAUUCGAGCUCAACAUUUUAGCAAGAGAGCUUUUGUUUAUGGCAUGUUUAAAUGAAAAUAAUUGAUAAAUAUUUUUUUUGGAAAUUAUUCUUCUGCCAAGGCCAGCUUCUGUCAAAGCCACAAUAGCUUAAACCAACUAAGAGUACUGGGAUCUUUCCCUUGAUGGAAUGUUGAUCAUUCACAGAUGGAUCCCAGUAUUCUGUCAAGUUUCCUGUUAGUUCACCAUGCAAUACUACCCAUAUUCCUGAUUGAUAAGAAAUUUUAGGUGUCUCACCUAGAACUCAAACCAGUGACCUGGGUGUAGGCCUCUGCUCACAAUUUUUGAGCCGGCGUCAAGCACGCUGGUUAUUAUAGGUAACCUCGUCUCAAGCAUGAUGAUACUUCCAUUACGACAGGUUCUCAGAGGCAGAGAAAGCAAAGCGUCAUCCCUAUGCAUUCAUGGCGUUUGGAUUCGGUCCACACAAUUGUGUUGGAAUGCGAUUUGCUUUGCUUGAAAUUAAACUGACCCUGGUGAGAUUACUAAAGAAGUAUAAGCUGGAAAAGACUGAGAGGACAGCGGUAAAUAUACAUCUUCUUUCUUUCGUCCUGUUCAGCUGUCCCUACCUAAGGUCUCAUUUGUAAUGUUGUUUUGUUGGUUUUCGCGGUUUAAAUUUGUUUCUAUGUAUGUUCAUACGUAUAUAGCCACUGACUGAUAAUUCAACGUCUGCUAAGAGUUUAUAUACACGCGUAAGGAGGGAGGCUACCGUAGCUUCUUAAAUAUCGUAGAUCUAUCCAUAAUGUUAGAAAAAAAAAAUUUCCCGUUAUUCGAGGAAUCGCCUUGACAACUUUAUUUUGACACUAGUACAAUGUUCUUCAGUUUCGCAAUAUGUCGAUUUACCCGUUUAAAACAAAAUUUUCAUAGCACGAUGGAGUUACAAGAAAUAAAAACGACAUGUAACAGGCACCUAGAAGAGUACACAAGAUGUCAUGUGUGAGACAACAGAGUCAGUCAUUCUAAAUCUGGUCAUGUAUCGUUGUAAUUGAGUCUUGGGAAUUUAGUUAGCUUUCGUCUUUUGCAGGUUCCAAUGAAGUUUGAAGUUAUGUUUGUUCUCACCUGCGCUCCUGAGACGGUUAUGUUGAAGAUUUCACCGAGGGAUUAAAAUACGAUCAUAUUGUAUCUCGUUUAGCUUGUAAACCGAUGACGAUGUACUUCGCUAAAACAUCUUAUAGCACUCCUUUGUCAACCUCGGUUACGGUUUCGCCAAAUGUUUUUUCACUUUUCUCAGAUAGAAUAUUCUUUGAAAAUGUCUAUCUGAACGCGAGAACCGGCCAGGAUUAUUAGGUUAGAAGACUCAAACUAAAUAUAUCUAUUUAAUAAUGAUUAGUAUGCACAAUUGUUAUGCACUUUUAGUACCUGAGGCUUACGAAACGUUUCGAACAAAUAUCAGUGACGCUUAAUACUGUGACGUAAGCAAACUUGGGCAAACUAAGACGUCAGCAAAAGUGGAAUUAACAAAAAUAAAGCACCAAAGUCACGUUACCUCAAAAUACUGUGCCUUCAACGAAGAGCUUCACGAUAUUUUCAACACUGCUAAAAAUACU